AUGGAGCAAGUGAUGAUGAUUUUUGUGUCUCUGGUUUUCUUUGAGCUGGUCGUGUCAGCCAUUUGUGGUAACACUCUUGCACCUGCAUUGUACUUGUUUGGAGAUUCUUCCAUCGACAAUGGAAACAACAAUUUGCUGCCAACUUUAGCAAGAGCCAAUUUCUUCCCUUAUGGAAUCGAUUUCCCCCGAGGUUCCACCGGAAGGUUCACAGAUGGAAAAACUAUUGCCGAUUUUAUUGCUGAAUAUCUUGGAUUGCCAUAUCCUCCCCCAUACAUUAGUAUGGGAAGUUCAAGAUCCUUAACUGGAAUCAAUUAUGCAUCUGCUUCUUGUGGAAUUCUGCCAGAGACUGGAGCCAAUUUUGGAAGAUGUCUGAAUUUGAGGGAUCAAGUGAAUUUAUUUCAAAACACAGUUGAGAAGGAUUUAGCAGAAAUGAUAAAUAACUCAACUCAAUUAUGUGAACAUUUAUCAAAAUCUAUGUAUGUAUUCAUCACAGGAACCAACGACUACAUCAGUAAGUACCUUGGAACCACUUAUUCUGGUACAGACAAAAUUUACCAAUCUAUAUCCUUCGCUGAUCUCCUCAUUGCAACAUUAUCUGACCAAUUUAAGAGAAUAUACAACUUGGGAGGCAGGAAGAUAGUGAUAUCUGAAAUCAGACCUGUGGGGUGCAUCCCAAGAAUCUCAAGAGGAAAUCCAUGUGUUGAGGAAUUAAAUCAAAUGGUGACACACUACAAUGAGAGGCUUCCACCACUGCUCAAAACACUCACAUCCACUCUUCCAGGCUCUACCUUUCUUCUUAUUCGUUCCAAUUCCAUUGAAUAUGAUGCAAUCAAAAAUCCAUCCAAAUAUGGUCUAUCUGAUGUAAGCAACACAUGUUGCAGAAGUAACUGGGGAAAUGGAAGUGCAGGAUGCGUGCCACUUUCAACACCAUGCCAGAAUCGAAGCCAAUAUGUGUUUUGGGAUGGUUUUCAUCUUACAGAAACUGUACAUUCAAUUAUAUCAUCUCAGUGUAUCAGUGAUAGAUCUGUGUGCACACCAGUGACCAUUGAGGAGCUUGUUAAAAUGUAA